UCGUAAGCCGUCGAUCCCCCGAAGGCAACUCGCUAUAUACGUGCCGUGCCCUGGCAAAUGACAUUUUGUAAGUUCACAGAAGAGAAGAAAGAUGAGUAGCGCAAAGGCAGAUGAAGAACAAUUAGCAACAGGGUAUCCGCUGCUACCUCAAAAUCCCGACUCCCACGCUCACCUGCAAUAUGUGCAGCCGCCGCCGCCUCAGAAUUCCGACGCUCACCUACAAUUUGUGACGCCGCCACCGCCACCGCCACCGCCGCCGCCUUAUCCCUCUCCUCCUCCGCAACAAGGCAACCCUUUGCGUCCCACACAGUGGUCUUCUGGCCUUUGCUUCUGCACCGACGAUCCAUCCCUUUGUUUGCUCACGUUCUUUUGCCCCUGCAUCACUUUCGGGCGAAUAGCGGAGAUAGUGGGCGAGGGUUCUCCAAAAUGCGGUGUGAGCGGAGUGAUCUAUGGGCUGCUAUGUGUAACGUGGUAUGCAUGCUUUGGGGUGUAUGGUGUGAUUUGUGUUUCGGGGUUCGCUUCGUGCUAUUCAUGCACCUACCGAACAAAGAUGCGGGCCAAAUUUAACUUGGCAGAGAUCCCCGUCAGAGAUUGUCUCCUCCAUUUUUUCUGCGAACCAUGCGCUCUGUGCGAGGAAUAUAAAGAGCUCAAACAUAGGGGAUAUGACCCUGCUCUUGGUUGGAUGAAGAACCUACAAAAACAGGAGCGCGAGAUGGGGAUCGCCAUGGCACCUCCGGUCAUUCCACCCAUGGAAAAAUGAGCCCACCGCUUAUUCCAUUUCUGUUUGACCAGGUCAUCUAGACUUUCAAUGGCUGUUUUCAAUUAUUAUCUACAAGACUUAUACUAUAAAGUGAGACUGUGACUACAUUGUAGAAGAUUUUGUUUUAUAUUGUAGAAUAUUUGACUUUGGCACAUUUUAGAUAUCUACUACAAUGAUUUAUUACAAUAAUUUUGUUUUAU